GACUGCCGGGCCGGGCUUUCUCUUUUCGUCCACUCUCGAGUUGGGAAGCAAACUUUUUUGGGGGAGCUGUGUGCGCCACUUCCAUCAGCAUGGGACAAGCAUCGUUCGUCCUCCUGUUGACAUCAGCAAUCUCACUCUUUGGAGGACUGAUCUUUGGAUAUGAACUUGGAAUCAUCUCAGGAGCACUGUUGCAGCUGCAGGUGGUUUUCCAUCUUCGUUGUAUUGAACAGGAAGUCCUCGUGAGUGCCUUACUCAUUGGAGCUCUCAUAGCUUCUUUGGUUGGAGGAAUCUUUAUUGACCGGCAGGGAAGACGGAAAGCAAUAUUGGUCAGCAAUGCCGUUUUGCUAUGUGGCAGUCUCAUCCUGACACUUGCUAGGUCACUUAUUUGGCUGGUGGGUGGGCGACUGACUGUAGGUUUUGCCAUUUCUUUAUCAUCUAUGGCAUGCUGUAUAUAUGUCUCUGAAAUGGUGGCUGCCCAUCAGCGAGGGCUAUUGGUAUCCCUCUAUGAAGCUGGCAUCACCAUGGGCAUCUUACUUUCAUAUGCACUGAAUUAUAUCUUUACUGACACACCCGAGGGAUGGCGAUACAUGUUUGGCUUGGCUAUUGGUUUGGCAGUCAUCCAGUUUGUCAGCAUCCUGUUCCUCCCCAACAACUCCAGGACUUUCAAGGUACACUACAGUGUGACUCAUAGUAACCUCAUUCAACCUUGUAAGAAUGAAGACGGUGAAGACAUAAUAUUGCCAUGCCCCAUGGAGAAGAAUUAUUCCCUUGUAGAUCUUUUCAGAUCAAAGGACAAUAUGAGAAACAGGACUUUUAUUGGCCUAGGAUUGGUCCUCUUUCAGCAGUUCACUGGACAGCCCAAUGCCCUCUGUUAUGCAUCUACUAUUUUCCGUUCUGUGGGAUUUCAGACUGAUUCCUCUGCUAUCCUAGCCUCUGUUGGUCUAGGGGUGAUGAAGGUUAUUGCAACCCUGUUUGCCAUGUUUUUUGCAGAUAAGGUUGGCCGAAGGGUAUUAUUGAUGGCUGGAUGUUUGGUGAUGGCUUUUUCAGUUAUGAUUAUUGGCCUGGCCAGCUGCUCUGUUCCGUUAGUUAUGAUUAAAGACUGUGAAACACUCAUAGAUUCAAACAAUACUUCCUUCAGUUCACCUCAUCUCCACAUAAAUCCAGUGUCUCCCCAACCAGCCGCUUCCUAUUUCUUAUUGACAAAAGAUACUAGUGAAAUACAAGUUGAAUCAACUUUUACUAUCAUGAGACCAGCAGUCAAAACGCUUACUAAUAAUAAAAGUAGGGAAAAAAGGGCAACCAUUACAUUAGAAAAUGAGCAAACCCAAUUUCUCACCCAAUCAGUGGAAGAAAAAGAAAGGGAUACCAAUUCUUCAAUCAGCGGGGCAUCUUCUAAGGGACACAUGCUCCUAAACUGGAUUACACUCCUGAGCUUGAUGGCCUUUGUAAGUGCAUUCUCAAUUGGAUUUGGACCAAUGACAUGGCUUGUCCUCAGUGAGAUCUAUCCAGCUAGCAUACGAGGAAGAGCUUUUGCGUUCUGCAAUAGUUUCAACUGGGCUGCCAAUUUACUGAUCAGUCUUACAUUCCUUGACCUCAUUGAUGUCAUUGGCUUGUCAUGGACCUUCCUUUUCUAUGGACUGGUGGGAUUGGCGGCUGUACUAUUUAUUUAUUUAUUUGUACCAGAAACCAAAGGACAGUCUCUGGAAGAGAUAGACCAUCAGUUCUCAAAGAAGAGGUUGCUGCAGAGGAAUAUAUGCUGGCACAAACUGUGGAACAGAAGAGAAAUCUAUACACGUGUUCAAUAUCAAAGAUUAGACCAUUCUAAUACUUCCUGAAAAAGGAGUCACAAUUCAUGACAGGACACAAUGGUUACCUAUAUCAUGCUGGAAGUUUUAUGAUGACUUUGCCAAAGGAAGAAAUUCAUGAAAAUCUUGUAUUUAUGUAUUUAGAAUAGAAUAGAAUAG